AUGGCCAGUACCCAGCAAAGACCCCACUUCGGGCGGAAGAACACCUCCCCCUUCCCAGAACCUUUCCUGCAGAUGAUCCAUGCCCCGGAGUGCACCCCGACUCCUGCCCACACGUGGUCUCAGCGGGAGUUCCUCCUGCCCCACAGGCCCGUCGAGUUGCCUGGCUUCAACUGGCAGCACUACCAAGAGGCGCUGCUGAAGCCCCUGUCGGCCGUGGACAGGAGGGCGCAGGUGCACCGCCGAGGGCUGGCGCCUCACAAGGACAUGACCCAGCACACCUGGGGCUUCCACACGUGGCAGGAUGUGGGCCAGCUGCCGGCCGCCUUCCCCGCCAGGCCCAACAUCCACUAUGACAGCAACAUCUGGCGUUGGCUCACCAACGCCAGUGCCCACCGCCAGGCCCCCACCGAGACCUCCGUGCCCCCUCCCUCCCGCUUGGGGGCCCACAGCUUCCUCACCUUCAUCUACUGCAACCCCAUCUUCCGGGACACGAAGAGGAAGAAGCAGGUGAUCGCCAAGACCCAGACGAUGCUGCAACAGGGGCAGAAGCUCCAACUGAGGAGCGAGGCCAGGGUCCCGCCGCUGGACGCCAAGGGCAACAUCCUGGCCCCCAAGAACUUCAAGAAGUUCCCGCACAUCUCAGCUGGUGGAAGGUUCCAGGCCAAGGGCCCCCAGCUCCUGGCCAACCCGCUCCCCAACCUGUUUGCCAGGCGCCUGCCCUGCCCCAACCCGCUGCCUCACUACCAGCAGAAGACCUUCGGGCUGGUCCUGCAGCCCCGCGCCCCCCUGAGCCAGGAGCUGGUGAGCAGAUACGUCGCCCUCACGGAGGAUAGGCUGGUCUGGCCCCUCUGUCACUCCGUGGGGCCACACUGCUCGCCGGCCGGCCGGGCCGAGAACCUUCUGCGCGCUUGGAUGCUCUCCUUUUCCGCCGGGAGCCCCCGCCCCCGCUCGCACCCCGACGCGGGCCGCAGGUGA